AUGGCUCGGUUGUUCUCCUCACCGACUAAAAACAAAAGGAUGAAGAAGAAGAAGGCUAUGGCUGAAGGACGUGUCAGAGACUGUGACUCUUCGAGGAUCAUAAAUGAUCAUCAUGGUGCUGGCCAACGUACAGAUUCGCCGCCACGGACGAUCGAUUCCGAACUGCGAAGAAAGGAGUUUUUGUUCAGUAUUGGGAUGAGUUGUUACUUGCUACAUCUGAUUACUAAUGAGAGAGAAGAGACUCACAAGAUAGUCAAGCUACGUAACGAUAUAGAGAAGCUUCUUGAGUGUAGGAAGGAUGAAAUGAGGCGUAAAGAGGAAGAGUUUGACGAGUUAAGGAACGAUAUAGACAAGUUAUUACAAUAUUACAAUGAUGGUUUGAGGCGAAAACAACAGAGGUUUGUCGCUGGGAAGCAAGAGCAGUGUGGCGUUGUGGAAACUUCUAGUGAUUACUAUUACUCUCCACAGUUACCAGAGACAUCAUCUUUGACUGUUGGAGGUGAAGGUUCUUUUAACCAUUAUUUAUUUAAGGGAAAGGGAGAAGACUUUGGAGGAGACAUGGAUCAGCUUGAAGCAGAACUUGAAGCUGAGUUUGAGCUUCUAAAUAUUGGUCACAACCAAGAGGGUCAAUAUUCUAAGCUCAAGGAGGUUUCAGAGGAGAGUGAAGAUUCAGAAGGAAUAAGGCCAUUGGAGGAACAACAACAAGGAGUGUGUCCUUAUGAGCUAGAGAGGAGGCUACAUGAGCUCAUAGAAAGAAGACAAGAAGAGAAGAUAAAUGAGCUGCAAAUUGCAUUGGAAGAUGUUAAGCAAAGGCUUCAUGUCAAAGAGGCUGAAGUUUCUUGGUGGAAAGACACUGCUCACAUUGUGUCUGAACAUAUUCCUCAACCUUCUUAG